UCUUUUCCUUAAAAUUGUUUUGAUGACAGUCAACUGUGUUUGAAUAACAGCAGUAGACUACACCUGAAAGUACCCACCUUCUCGCCUCGACGACUGAAUGGGUGGAGUAGGCUACUUUCAGCUCAGAUGGCUUGCCACCACUCUCGCUCUAUCACCACAUUACGCACAAGGAGCCUACAGAAGUAACACCCGGUCUGAGGAUUGCGCACCGGACCCAGCUCAACUUUACUUGUUGGAAUUUUCUUCACUAUGGCCUUGUGAUGCGACCCCUGCUAUUCGAUAAUGAUGUGGUUGUUGACGAUCGGUUGGACUCUACAUGAGAACAGAAGAUUAGAUGAUCCUUGAGUGUGAGACCAGACAGACACGCAAGCCAGGGGUGGGUGGGGGGAUAAACAUACAGGAACAGGAAGAAGAAGAGUGGAGGAGGAAGAGUGUGAAGUCCGGCAUUGGACUGAGGUCAGAGCAGGCCGCCAUGGACGUCCAACUGCGGGGGAACCCUCCUCACAGCUACGGUGUCAGCAGGACCUCAAUUCCUCAAGAUAACAAGAACCUGCAGCAACUAGAGCAGGAGUGUCUCCAGUUCUUCGAGUCCACCAUCGACUCCCUGGAGGAGAGCUUCGAGGACGGCGAGGAACAGAGCCAGCAGGCGCUCACGUUGGCCAGCGCCCCCUCCUCCUCGCUCAUGCCUGUGCGAAGCUCCAGCCCGGGUGCCCCCUCGCCUCUCCAGACGAGAACCCCCAACCCGAGGGACAACGACAUCAUAGACCUGGUUCGGCCUGAGCCAGAGGUACCGACCAAAGAGGCCUUCUUCAAUCCCGCCAUGCCAGAUUUUCAGAGUUUAGCGGCCAUCCCCAGCAGCCACCAGGAAAUGAAGCCGAGGCAGGAACCAGGAGACAUGAAGGCUUCUGAGUACAAUCCUCCCCUUCCCUCCGGGAGCAGCUACCGGACCCCCGACGGCCGCUCCAGCUACUGCCCCCCGGGCUGCGUCCCCACCCCGGUCCUGAUAGCCCAGAAGUUAGCGGAGAACCAGGGCGGACCCACCUCCAACAUCGGUCCCUCUUCUCUGCAUCAUCGGAAGAGUUUUGAGUCAGACAAGCCCACCAGCCUGGCCGAACAAACAGUCAAAUAUGGCCCGCCCACGUCCUCAAAGCCUACCCGCUUCCCGACCAACAUCAAUGUCGUCCAUAGCAACAAGGAGGCAAACCAGACCAAUGUGAACAUCCAUGAGAGGCAGGCGCAGAUGCUUGCUAACCUCCCGGGGGCGUCUCAGUAUCCGGGCCAGGAAGAAAUGCCGCCCCCGGCCACUCAGAAGGGAAGUAACCUGCCCUCUCGAAGCGUUUCCUUUAGGGACCCCACACCGAGCAAAUCCAGGAUGGAGGCCCUGUCCAAACUGGGCCUCAGGGGCCGCACCCACUCAGGGGGGGAAGCCCUCUACGUCACGCCACAGAGCCCCAUCUCGGUGGCAUCGGCCCCACACCUCCCCAAAGACUUGGAGAGCAGCAUGAGCGUCCCAGCGGUGCAACGUCCCAGCCGGCUCGCAGCCAGUGAGAUCAAACCAGACAGAAAACCAGACACGGUGCCGGCAGACUUCAUCAGCAGCAGCAAAGAGCAUCCUGUCCAUGUAAAGCCUUCACCUGUGGAAGAAGUCCCAAGAAGCAGCUACCACCGGGUGCCAGUUGAAAGCAAGCCAUCGCCAGUUACCCAAGCGCCCGAAGUUCCUUCUUUUGACUUCAACAGUUACGGGGGCAAGACGGUCGUGAUCAACCCCACCGUUCCCACCAAGGGGGACAACUUGCCUGCGCCGGACAGCCCCAAUGGCAGAGCCCCGCACUCCAGAGCGGGCAACAACGCCUACGGGGGAAAGUCCACAGUCAUGUCCCCGCGCUUACCCAGGAGCGACCUGCCAGACAUCCUCAGUGCACACCACAUCAACCAGAGCCUGCCGCUGCCGCCGCCGCCUACCGCCCAGGAGCUCAGCAGCUACGGCGGGAGGACCGUGACAAUCAACCCCUCGGCCGGCUCCAGCCCCCAGGCUAGGACGGCCAGAGCUUCGGCGCCAUCCACGGCUCCUAAACCCCUGCGGCAGAGCUCCUCCGGGAACCUCCAUCGGCCACGGGCCACCUCCCCGGAGGCCAGGCGGAAGUCCACGACCUCCAAACCCGCCGCGGCGUUCCGCGCGCAGGGAAUCACUGUGCAGUUCUCGGGGAAGGGGGGCAUGGACGAUUCUCGGCGGGCCGCCCUGAGAAAGCUGGGGCUCAUGAAAUAAUCUGGCUGAAUCUGGAAGUCGCUGCGGCGCUUUCGGUUGACUUGCGAUAUCCUUAACGUAUUGUUUUUUAGGUUGAUUUGAGUGUGUGUGUGUGUGUGUGUGUGUGUGCGUGCGUGCGCGUGCGUGCGUGCGUGUGUGCGUGCGUGCGUGAGAGAGAGAGAGAGAGAGAAAAAGAGAGCGAGAGAGGUGUGUUGGCAGAGAGACAUAUGCUAACAAUGGAAUGAGGUACAGUCU